GUUUGUCAGCCGGUUUUAACCGACGAAGAAGAAAUGACGGCGACGAAAACAAAGCGACGCUCAUAAGUCACCUCUCAAUAUUAUCGUAACUCAACCUAAUUUUUUUUUCAUACCGAGCGGUGUUUUCUCCAAUUUCAUACUAACCCCACAUUGGAUUCACGUAACCUAACCAGUUAGCUUGUUCUAACUAGCGACAGACAUUUUAUUUAACAGCAUAUGAUAUCAAAAUAUUAGCCAGCUACUAGCCUGUCAUCAGCUGACAGAAGCCAGACCGUUAGCUUAGCUCCAGCAGAGAUAUCUGACGUAGCUUGGAUUUCAGAGCCCUUUAGGGGUGAAGCUUUAGUUUAAGACUUGUUCCAGAAAAAGCCGAAACAUGUCGGAUGAUUAUGAAUUAAGCGACGACCCGAACAUGAUGAGAAUGGAGGAGGAUGGAGAGGCGAACAGUGACGACCCGAUGUCAGCAGCGGGGGACUGUGGCCUUAUGGGGGGCGAGGCCGAAGGAUCAAGGAUCGACGCCAGUAAAAACGAGGAGGAUGAAGGGAAGAUGUUUGUUGGAGGCCUCAGCUGGGACACGACUAAGAAGGACCUGAAAGAUUACUUUUCAAAGUUUGGGGAAGUUGUAGACUGCACGUUAAAGCUGGACCCCAUGACUGGACGGUCAAGGGGUUUUGGGUUUGUGCUCUUCAAAGAACCUGAAAGUGUUGAUAAGGUUGCCUCACAGAAAGAACAUAAACUUAAUGGGAAGGUCAUUGACCCCAAAAAAGCCAAGGCCAUGAAGAGCAAGGAGCCAGUAAAGAAGAUCUUUGUUGGUGGCCUCUCUCCGGACACUCCUGAAGAGAAAGUCAGAGAGUAUUUUGGUGCCUUUGGAGAGGUGGAGUCCGUUGAGCUUCCCAUGGAGAACAAAACAAACAAAAGGAGAGGCUUCUGUUUCAUCACAUUCAAGGAGGAGGAGCCAGUAAAGAAGAUCAUGGAAAAAAAGUACCACAAUAUUGGAUUAAGCAAGUGUGAAAUAAAAGUGGCGAUGUCUAAGGAGCAGUACCAGCAGCAGCAGUAUUGGGGCGGCAGAGGAGGAUAUUCAUCUAGGUCUCGGGGAAGAGGCGGCCCAAAUCAAAACUGGAACCAGGGUUAUGGCAACUACUGGAAUCAAGGCUAUGGAAAUUAUGGCAACUAUGGUUACGGUAAUCAAGGCUAUGGAGGAUAUGGUGGCUAUGAUUACUCUGGUUACAACAACUAUUAUGGCUAUGGUGACUACAACAAUCAAUCUGGUGGUUAUGGCAAGUCGCCACGGCGUGGUGGUCACACGAACAGUUACAAGCCGUAUUAAUAGGGGAAACCCUCCUCUUGAAAUAGGUAUGUAACAGUACAUAUAUACUUUUUUGCUUUUAAACUUAAAGUAGUUUUAUAUUUACUUUGAUGUUUGGUAACAUUAUGCAUAAUUUCCUCCAUAAAUUUCUUUUUCUCAGCACCCUCAAGUGCUUUACAGUAGUGGUAACAUAGAGGCUACGCUCUUGUGGCGAUUAUUUUAACAGCCGGCUUCUGCUGCCUCUUUUGCAUCUUCUCUUUUUUUUUAAACUGUAAAGUUAACAGGUAAUGUACUGCUACUACAGUAAAUGGAUGCCAAAGUUAAGGAUGUGCAAGGAAACAGAAGGAAGUAUGUUGUCUCCUAACUCUGACAUACCUUGUUUGUACCUGCCAGCGGAGCUUCCUUGCAGGCCAUGAGCUGACUCCCAGAUACUCUCAGGGCCCGCUCAAUGCGGACCGGGUAUGAGAAGCAUACGCUCUCGAAUGCUGCCAUUUGGUAUGGUCUUCCAACAUCCUGUAUCAGCAUUUCUAAACUAAACAAAUAUGGGACACGUCCAGCUUUGUCAUCUUUCUUUCCAUUUUUUAAUUUCUUUGCAAUUGUUUGUAAUGUAAAACGUAAAAUAUACACAUGUAAUUGUCAUUUUUUACAGGCCCUUACUCCCCCACAAGUAAUAAUUAUAAAUCUGAAAAAAUAACUUUGUUUUUUAAAGGAUACAUACAGCUUUCUCUGGACUUUCCAGUUCCUAAUGUUAAUAUAUGCAUCCCUAAUCUUAAUUAAAAUGCUUGUUUCUUUAUUUAGCUCUUGUAGCCAGUAGUCCAUGAGCUAAAACCUGGUUCGUAUUUGGACUCUACUGUGCUGGGGGAUAAAGUGCUUUAAUUUGUGUACAUGUAUUGUUCUGUUUUGUGUUACUCACAGCGAUGGAAAAGGCUCCUCCUUUUGUUAAUUUUCCUGUAACAAAUUUUCCUCUUUAUAACCUUUGGUAAAAUGAGAAGAAUCAAAGUGUCACUACAUCUCCAGAAAAUUUGCAUGUAAUGCUUUCUUUAAUGUGUAUUUUUGACCAAUCUGAACAUUUCUUCCAUUUAGUAUUUUGGCUUUGACUUCUUCAAUUUAAUGCACUUCAAGAUCUCUAGCUUAACUUUCUAACUUUUUAUGUAAUAUGUUAAAAUAAUCAGUUUGUUUUUUUUCUUAUAGUUUUUUUUAUUACAUUGGACAUUAUAAACACAGGGGAUUCCUAUUGUUUUGCAAUCUUACCCUCUUUGUUUGUCUAUAGCUGAUUUGUUGUUGUUUGUUUUUCAUAGGUUUCAGAGUGAUGAAAGUCUACCGUGCGCUGGUGGAGUGUUGGCCAGAGAGAUGAUGGUAUCCAGCAAAGAUUACUUAGCUAGUUGUAAGACAGUAAUUGAAGAACACCGUGACCUACAGUACAUUUUCUUCUAUACCUACUGAGUAUUUCAUUGUUUUGCAUUUGUUUAGAUUGCUGCAACGUUUGAUCAGUUUGCUUUCAUCCCUUCGUUUUUUGUACUCAUGUCCAAAUGCUAACUUGUGAAUUGCUUCAUAUAUUCCAUGACUGAAAUGUAACAUUGGUUGGAACAAAUCACUCACAUAUUCAGUAAUGUGGUAGCAAAGAUACAAAAUGUGUUAUUACAAUUUAUUAUCUUUAGUCAUCAGUCAUGUAUUAAAUAUGUUAUUACAGAGUUUGACAGUCAUAAACAUACAAUAUAUAUACAGUGUAUUGGACAUGAAGAAAUGCGACAAAUAAAAAUAAACACUCAUUUGAAUUUCUGUUCCAUUAA